AUGACUGGUCCGAACGUGAAUGCGGGUCGCGAAACGUCCGGACGCGAAAAAGUAUUAUGCAACAACGGUCAACAGGCAGCGACUUUUUGCGCACGGCUGUUUCCUGCAGAAGGAUGUGGGCCGCGAUACGGCACCAAGUGCGGCGGCUGCCUCCAAGGGAUAAACCCGCAGGACCUCGUGAGGAAAGCGAGGGACAAAGUUUUCCACCUGAAUUGCUUCACCUGCCUGGUGUGUCGGAAGCAGAUGAGCACCGGCGAGGAGCUCUACGUCCUGGACGACAACAAGUUCGUCUGCAAGCAGGACUACCUGUCGGGCAAACCGCUGCCGGACACGCAUCACGUGCACGGUCAUCACGGCGGAGACUCGCUGAUGGGCUCGGGCUCGGAAGACGAGGACGAGGACGGUAGUGCCCACCAUCACCAUCACGACCCGACCGUGCGCGGCGCUCACCUCGGGACCCACAACAUUAGCACGAGUGGGCCCGGCGACCAGGCCGUCGGCCACGGUGGCGAACUACCUCUCGGCAGCGAUCCCUGCAAGCAGGAGGACUCCGAGGAUCAAGGCUCCCUGGACGGCGAUCCCGAGACGAGGGACAGCCAGACGGAGAACAAGAGCCCGGACGGCGGCGCCGGCGGUGGCAGCGGCGACGGCGGCGCCGGCUCGAAACGACGCGGCCCGCGGACCACUAUAAAGGCGAAGCAAUUGGAGAUCCUGAAGACGGCCUUCUCGUCGACCCCGAAGCCCACGAGGCACAUCAGGGAGCAGCUGGCGAAAGAGACCGGCCUGCCCAUGAGAGUCAUACAGGUCUGGUUCCAGAACAAGAGGAGCAAGGAGCGCAGGCUGAAGCAGCUGACGUCGAUGGGCAGGAACCCCUUCUUCGGGGGCUCGCGCAAGAUGCGCGGCUUCCCGCUCAACCUGAACCCGGGCGCCCUCGGCGGCGAGGACGGCCCGCCACCGGGUUUCCCGUACUUCGGCCCGGACAAGUUCGAGUUCGGCUACGGCGGCCCGGUGGCCUUCCACCACGAGUUCUUCGGCGCGCAUCCGCCCCCGCAUCCGCACGGGCCACAUUUUGCCGGUACGGGGAAUCCAGUACGUAAUCUGUUUCUGACAGGCCUGGACCCGGCCAGUUUAGCGGGCAUGGCAGCCGCAGUGGCGGUGGCAGGGGAAUACCCACCUCCGGGCGCGGGGGGCGGCCCUCCGGAAUUUCUCACGGGGCCCCCCGGGCAGGGGCCCCCUGCGCCCACCGGCGGCAGCCCCGGAGAGUUCCUGGCACCUUCAGGUGGAGGGCAGGGUAAUCCGAGCGGCGGCGGCGGCGGGAACGGCGGCGGUCCGGGCGGCGGCGGCGGCGGCGGUGGCGGCGGGGUCGCGGCCGGCGGGUUCCUGGAGCCGCACCAGAUGCAGAGCGAGGGCCUCGCCUGGUAG